AUGAUAUCUGAGUCACAAAGUGCAUUCAUAUCUGGCAGAUUGAUUACAGAUAAUAUCUUGGUAGCCUCAGAGGUAGGGCAUUAUUUGAACAGGAAGCAGUGUGGGGCGGUAGGAUGGAGUGCACUGAAGUUGGAUAUGGCUAAAGCCUAUGAUUGUAUGGAAUGGCCUUUUCUGAGGGGUAUGCUUGUGGCACUGGGUUUCCAUGUUAAGUGGAUUGAUCUUAUUAUGAUGUGUGUCUCUACAGUUUCAUAUAGCUUUUUGGUUAAUGGAAUUCGAAGUGAUGCAAUUAUACCAACUAGAGGAUUGCGGCAAGGUGAUCCGUUAUCUCCCUUUCUGUUUAUUAUUUGUGCUGAGGGCCUAUCACUGCUAUUGCAGAGAGCACAAGAUAGGGGUCUAAUACAUGGAUGCAGGGUAGCGCGUGGUGCCCCCGCUGUUUCACACAUUUUCUUUGCUGAUGAUAGUCUUUUGUUUUUUAAAGCAACUGGCCAGGAGGCUAUUGAGAUAAAAAAACUGCCUGUCACUGUGUUGGAGGUAAUGCAGGCUCCUAAUUUUGGAAAAUAUCUUGGCUUGCCAUCAUUUAUUGGGAGGAAUAAGAAAGCAGCUUUUGCUUACAUUGAGGAUAAGAUCCGGCAGAGAAUAGGAUAUUGGAAUAAGAAAUUAUUGUCACAGGCUGCUUGGGAUAAGCUAUGUUUCCCUAAGAAAUAUGGUGGAUUGGGCUUUAAAGAUCUUAAGGCUUUUAAUGUGGCUCUUUUGGGUAAGCAGGCAUGGAGAUUACUUACAAACACGGAAUCAUUGGUCUCAAAAGUUUAUAAAGCCAGAUAUUACCCUAGACUUUCAUUUAUGGAAGCAGAACUGGGGAAUAAUCCCAGUCAUUGCUGGAGGAGUAUUAUGGCUGCAAAAAGCCUAGUAUGUAGUGGCGUGAGAAGAAGGAUUGGGAAUGGAAAUUCUACCUCUGUGUGGAACCAUCCUGGGUUGCAAGAUGGAGAGGAGCCCAUGAUCCAAACAGAAAUGCCACCCCAGCUGGCUGAUAUUAGAGUAGCCAACUUAAUGGAUCAGGGGACAGGAACAUGGGAUUAUCAUUUGCUUAUUGAUAUUUUUGAGCCAGAAGAUGUGUCAAGAAUCUUAAAAAUACCAGUCUCCCAGAAAUAUGAGGACCAGUGGUACUGGCAUGGGGACCCCAAUGGUUGCUACUCAGUUAAAGAUGGGUACAGACGUAUUAUUGGAAAUUAUGAGAGUAGUAUGAACCCGGGGUUUAAUAAAUGGCUCACUUUAUGGAAACAAAAAAUACCGCCCAAAUGGAGAAUGUUUAUAUGGAAGGCCAUAAAUGAUAUCCUCCCUACUACUAACAACUUGCGUAGUAAAAGGGUGGAUGUGAGUCCAUUGUGUGCCGUGUGUGGGGUAGAAAAUGAAGAUGUUAUGCAUGCAUUGGUUUUCUGUGACUAUGCUAAAGCCAUUUGGACACAAUCUAACCUACCAUCACCAAGCAUUGUGACAAAUGUUUUUUAUGAAUGGUUUGAUGAAUUGUUGAAUAUUUUAGACUCUUAUGGAAUUCCCUACGCAGCUGCAAUACUAUACUACCUAUGGAAGGCCCGAAAUGGAGCAGUAUGGGACGCUUGUUUGACUUAUCCGAGGAAGACGAUGGCUAUGAUACAUGCUGCGGUAAAUAUAUGGCGCAAGGUGCAUCUGCCUCCACCAAUUGCCGCUGCUCCAAAUGUUGCUGCCGACAACCAACCGCCUGGAGUACUUACUGCCGUGCAAAGCAAUUCAACACACCCACUUGGACAACGGCAACAGUGCAACAAAUGUUUUGUCGAUGCGGCCUAUUUCGAUGGGUCCAAUCAAGCUUCGGAUUCAAAGGAGCAGGAGUUUCUAGCUAGUGAUUCUGAAAUGAAAAAGAGGGAAGAGUUUGAUUUUAGGUUGGAUUACAACAUCUCCUAUUCAAAUCUUGUAAAGGGUCUUCUAUUUCAGAGAUAUUUAGCUGCUUUACUUUCUUGA